AUACGUGGCCCGCAGCGUAUCAUACUGUGCCAAAGGGACUUGCCAUACGGGCAUUGUUUCUGUUCCCGUUACAAUAGAGACAGAGUCACACAGUCACACCCUUCCCUCCCCUGCCUUCUUCUCUCUUCUCUUCUCUCUCCCCCUCUCCCCAACGUGAAGGUGACGCGUUCCACCUCCCCCUUCUCUCCUUCUCUCUUCCGAAAUUACGGUAUCGGGGACUGUACUGCACCACACCAUUCGCAAACCCCUCCGGCCAAACUUGGACCCUCCGGACACAUACAGUAUGGCCGCCAUUAAACCUAUCGAAGGCCGCUCGGUACGUUGGAAAUUCCUCCUCCUCCUCCUCUUCCUACUGGAAUAGCUUGUAAGAAGAAAAGGAUUGUUGUAGAAGGAAAAAAUGUAUUAAAUUGAGUCUUGCGUGGCCGGUUUUGUGCUAUCGCCUUGGGUUGGCUGGUUUUUGAUAGGUUCACCAAAUACAAUCUGGGCAAGUUAUCAGCGAGGGCUUGACUUCUGUUGUUAAAGAAUUGGUGGAGAAUGGGUUGGAUGCUCACGCUACGUCUAUCGGUAUGGUGGUUGCCCUCUUCUUGCACUGCCAUUCUGUAUGGGUUCUGAUUGUUUGUGCGUGGGAGCUGGGGGAGAGUAGAGGUUAGAUUUAAGAGCAAUGGCCUCGAUGCGAUCGAGGUUAUGGAUAAUGGGGAUGGGAUUUCGCCGGACAAUUAUGAGAGCAUUGGUAAGGGAUACAUUUUCCCUUAUUUUCGUUUUCUUUUCCUUUCCUACUGGUGGAGAUUUUUGUCUGAAUACGUGCCUGUCUAUCUAGCUCUCAAGCAUUGGACUUCCAAGUUGACCUCGUACGCGGACCUUGAUUCCGUCACCACAUUCGGCUUUCGAGGGGAGGCAUUGUCCUCGCUAUGUGCUCUCUCGGACCUCCAGAUAAUCACCGCGACGGCGUCUGAGGCUCCGAAGGGCACAAGGCUUGAGUUUGAGAUGUCCGGGAGGCUCAAGUCCCGCUCUGUCACCGCUGCUCAGAAGGGGACUGCCGUCCUUGUGGAGAGUAUAUUCAAAACGCUCCCGGUUCGCCGGAAGGAGCUGGAGAGGAAUAUCAAGAGAGAGUAUACCAAGGUUUUGGGUAUAUUGCAGGCUUAUGCUGGCGUAUGUGUUGGCGUCAAAUUCUCGGUGUUUAAUCAGCCGGCGAAAGGGUAUGUUGCCGCGCUUGUUCGAAUGAAAGAGGGUACUGACUGAAUUAUCAGGAGGAGAACUCCGGUGUUUGCCACCAAAGGCAAUCCCACCGUUCGAGAGAACAUUUCAAAUGUCUUUGGGGCAAAGGCUCUGUCUGCCUUGGUCCCGAUGAAUUUGCAGUUUGAAAUGAAGCCUACGAGGAAAGGAUUUCAGAAAGGGGUGGAACCUCAGUGAGUCCCUUCCUGUUAUGUUCUAUCUAACCCGUGGGUGAGCUUACCUAUGAUUUCGCGCUUUAGGGAAAAAAUGGUCAAGAUUGUGGGGUUUAUAUCACGGCCUGUCGUUGGGGAGGGCAGGCUGGCCCCUGAUCGUCAGAUGUUCUUCGUCAACGGAAGGCCUUGCAUGCUACCCCAGGUACGUGACUACAUCCGGGAAGUGAUCUGGGCAUAGUGCUCAUAAGAGAACAAGGUUGCUCGUGCUAUAAACGAAGUGUACAAACAUUUUAAUGUGACCCAAUCGCCAUUCAUAUUCGCUGACAUCCAACUUGAUACCAGUUAGCCCUUCUUUCUGUGCAUAUUGUAGACGGGCAACUCUAAUCAAGAAUAGACGCAUACGACGUCAACGUUUCCCCCGACAAGAGGACCAUCCUCCUGCAUGAUCAGGCGGAAAUGAUGGAGUCAUUAAAAGUAUUUGCCUGAGGCUCCUACCCAUAAAACAGUACUGACGGGGCAACAAUAGGUUUCGCUGACAGACUUAUUCGACAAUCACGAACAAACUGUCCCGAACUCAAUGACUCAGUCAAAAGCGCAAAACUUGAAGCAGAUGACUCUAGAUAAAACUCCCACCAGACCUACUCGAGCAACGCAGCGAGUGAUGGAAGAUAAUUCUGCUGAAGAGGAUGACACAGAGUAUUAUGCUCCGCCCAAAUUGCUCAACAUUCUUUGUUCAUCGCCUUCCCGUGCUGCCGCUUUUGAUUCCCUCUCGUUAGGACAUUCUCCAGAAGCAGGUUCCAAUGCGAAGGGGAAAGGCAAAGAGAUCUAUGCAGCACCUUCCUCCCGGGACACCAAGAAUCCCGAUAAAGCUUGCGGGCCACCCGAGGGGCCCGAUGCUGCUGGUACCCAAGAUUCUGAAGAUAUGGAGGAAGAUGUCACGCUUCCGUCUCUGCACCUGGAGUCUCAUGGCUUCGUGUCUCGGGCUUCUACGGGUGCCGUUCCUGCUACUUCAUAUAGGUCGCCUAGGAGGCCGCAGAAGGCCGCAGCAACGAUCAAGAUUGGUGACCGAGAGCCGGUGACCGCCGGGGAAAACAGCCCCCCACACUCGCCCACUAAACGGAGGAAGAUUGGCAAUGGACAGGCGAACAUGAAGGGCAAGAAAAUUGGUAUUUCCAAGUUCUCCAGUGCGCUUAGUCGGUUUGCAGCGCCGGGAACUGAACUGCCACCCCCGACCGCGGACGACGAGGAGUCUGAAGAGGAUGAUCUUAUGGACGAGGGCGAGGAUAGUCCAGAAGCUGUGGAGGGUGGCGAGAGCGGUGACGAGGCGGUUCAGGAGCCGGUGGUGGAAAUUAUGGCGUUAGAUGGGGACGAACGAGGUGAUGAGAGCAGAUGUGACACCGAAAUGAUGGGGACCGUGCCACCUGCUGAAGGCGGUACUCCCCUCUUCCUCCCGAAUCCGAACUCCGACGUCGACCCUAACAACGAUCCCGAAGAGGACGAAGAGGUUGCCCUACGAUCCCCAGCCCCCGAAAGCGAUGAGGAAUACGUAGAAGAGGGUUAUAUAGAUGAAGAGCAAAACCGUCGGCAAACCGCUCAAACAGCCGAACGCCUCCUCAAAGAAGCCGAAGAGAAGUCUGCACAGCCCACAACCGAAGCCCUCGAACGGGCCCUGCGAAUUCUAGAGGACUCGCACCAGAUCUCCACAAAGAAUGCGGUCCGCUUCGUCCCUACAUCGAUCGACAAGCUGCGGGACCGAGUGCAUGACUUAUCCAAAGUAGCCUCGACCAUAAAACACACCACGUCAUCAGGCCGGGGUGGGACUGGCCUGGAAGAGCGUGAUGAAGUCGCAGAAGAGCGCUUAAACCUAACCGUCACAAAGCAGGACUUUUUCGAAAUGCAAAUAAAGGGGCAGUUCAACAAAGGAUUCAUACUAGCGACUCGGGCCGACGACCUCUUCAUAAUAGAUCAACACGCCAGCGACGAGAAAUACAAUUUUGAGAAAUUACAGCAGGUGACGAUCGUGCAGAACCAACGGCUGGUAGUUCCGAAGAAGUUGGAUCUGAUGGCGGUGGAUGAGAUCGUCGUGAUAGACCACAUAGAUACUUUCAGGAAGAAUGGGUUUGUGAUAGAGAUUGACCCCGACGCACCCGUUGGGGAGAAAUGUAGGCUUGCUAGCUUGCCGAUGAGCAAAGAGACUGUGUUUGGUUUGGAUGGUACCAUAUCCCCCCCGCUCGAAAUAUGUGGGUUCAGUUCUGAGGCUAAAUUUGUGAGGAUAGAUCUGGAAGAACUGAUUCAUCUAAUAAGCGAAGACCCCGGGAACUCUGCCGUGCGCUGUUCGAAAAUGCGGAAGAUGUUUGCUAUGAGGGCGUGUAGGAAGAGCGUCAUGGUUGGGAGAGCACUUACGGAGAAGGGAAUGGAGAAACUCGUCAAGCACAUGGUGGGUCACUCUGGCCGUUCCCAGCAAGUCGCUGUAAUGCGUACUCACGAAAUGAUGUAUAGGGAGAAUUGGAUAAGCCCUGGAAUUGCCCGCACGGGAGGCCAACGAUGAGGCACUUGUCGGAUCUAGGUCAGGCAAAGUACUGGAGGGGUAUGGAUCAGGAGAGAGAUGGUGGGUUGAAGUGGGGUAGCGAGUCGUGGGCCGAGACAUGGCUCACAGUUGAAGCACCUGGGGAGGCUGAGUGAUGAGUUGUGAGUGGGUGACAGGUUGUGAGUGGGGAUGGGAUUUGAGCGAUUUAGCGGUUUUUAGCUUUUACAUUCUCAGAGCUUUUUUUUUUUUGCAAACAUUAGGUUUGGGCAAGUGCGGUACGGUGUGGUUUUACAACCGUCGUGGAUUUUAAGGUGGUAAUUUGGGGUGAUUUUUUUGUUGAAAUAGUUUUGUAAACGAGUUAUACAUGCAAACUUGAACCCUAAC